AUGAAAAAUCUUAGAAAUCAACCUACAAAAACUGAAUUAGUUGAAAAUACAGUCUCACACAUUUCAAUGUUUUCCUGGAAAACUAGUGAAGGGAAAAUUUUGGAACUUUUUGCAUGUAAAGAGGAAGGGGAAGAUGAGAAGCUCAUUUUCCCAAAAUUUCAAUUUUUUUCAGUGGGAAAUAACAACAUGAAAAAUCUUGGAAAUCAGCCUACAACAACUGUAUUCAUUAUUCUUUUGAAUUUUUUAAAUUUGACAAUCUCCUUUAAAUUCCUCAUGAAUUCCUCACAAAUUUUCCCAAAUUCCCGAGCAAAUUCCCAAUAAAUUCCUCCAAAUUCCCUAUAAAUUCCCCAAAUUCUCAUAAAU